GCUCUCCAGCUAUGGCAGCGACCUUGUGUAGAGCGGCGUGACACUUGGAAUGAAUUUUAUAAUAAAAGUUAUUUAGCGUAGUUGUUUUAUGCGUAUAGCCCAGGGGCUCUUGUGACGUGGCGUUAUGAUCUCAGUCAAAUCUGCCGUCGGCGCGCUGGCCAGGACCUGUUGGUCCGCCGGUCUGCUACAAGGUACUUUGCAGAACCACAUGAAGGUCCUGUGUGUUGGACUGAAGACAUAUGAAAUACCUCCAGACUUCAGUGAUGUGGUGCUGCCAGAGAAGCCCAAACUUAAAUUCCUUAACAAGGUGCCCAACUUUAAGAAAGCCAAGAAGGAAAGGAGAAAACUGGAGGACAUCCAGGGCCCGGCGAAGACCUCCAUCGCUUUCACUACAGGACAGUAUGCUAUUGUGGCCAUGGGAGGGGGCUACCUGCAUUGGGGACACAUAGAGAUGAUUCGCUUGACCAUCAACCGUAAGAUGGACCCCCGCACUACAUUUGCUCGCUGGCGCAUCAAUGGUCCAUACAAGCCCAUUACCCGUAAAGGCCUGGGACAGCGUAUGGGUGGUGGAAAGGGAGCCAUCGACCACUAUGUAACGCCUGUCCGCUAUGGUCGUUUCAUUGUGGAAGUGGGAGGACAGGUGGAGCUGGCGGAGGUAGAGCCAAUGUUGACGCAAGUGGCCAGGAAGUUGCCCUUUCCUGCCAAGGUAAUGAGCCGAGAGAGUCUGGAGGCCAUGCACCAGAAGCAGGCAGACAUGGAACAGGACAACCAGAAUCCCUGGACCUUCAAGGAGAUAGCUCAAGGCAACAUGCUGGGUUGCAGGAGGGUAAUCAGUCCCUUUGACCUGCGCUAUCAUGGACACUUCAGUGGGAAAUUCCACAACACAGGGAGGGUGUAAACUGGGACUAUGGAACAGAAUUCACGACAGUAAAAUACUGUAAUGCUAUCCCUACAAUAACAUGUUGAUUUAUCAAUGUAAAGUGUCAUUAUUUAUGUUUCUGUGCAGUUUGAAAGUGCACAUAGUGAUGCUCUAACAAUGACACGCUUGGAAACGGAACAUAAUGUUGCUCAACCAGUAUUUCAAAGUAUGAAAGGCUUUGAAUGCAAUGUUCAAAUUAACUGGCACAAUUCAUAUUGUUUUGUGGCUUUUUAUUCAAGUAUAAUUGGAUUUGACAUUUGGUCAAUAAGGGAUAUUUCAUUCACCUUGCACCAGAGCGAAUGAAAAAUGGUAACAAAUGAAGUACGUUAAAGUUUUUUCUGUAAUAAAUAAUAUUACCACAUAAACAUUGGCCCCAAGUUACAACAAUUAAG